CGUAGAAGAAGGCGUGCCUAGUAACGCGCGUUGUCAUGAAGACAGUGGCAAGAAAAUGUGGAAGUCUCUGAUAUAUUUACCUUACUUCAUGCACAAAAUUAUAAGAGUAAACCCGAUCAACGCCUUAUUUUCUAACAUGUAUUUAAAGUUUUAAGAUCGAGGUCACAUUUCUUCAAGUGUGUCGACAUGAACCUUCAUUUUUAUCGGGGUGGAGUUUAACUUUUUAGGCUCUGUCGGGAUCUGAAUCAUCGGGAUGUCUGCCGGGUUCACGAUCGCAGAAUAAGUUGAACUAUCAAUGAACAUUCUGAAAGUGUGUGAGUGCUCUAUCAGGUAGGUGUCCCAUUGCCAUCCGUCCCAUCCACAGUUGCCAUGGGUACCGCAUCCUCUCUGGUAAGCCCUGGUGAGGUGAUUGAGGAUGCGUACGGCGGUGAGGGUGGAGAAGCCUGUGAGAUACCAGUGGAGGUGAAACCAAAGGCCCGUCUGUUGCGGAGUUCGUUCCGCCGUGGUCCUCGUGUCAUCGGCGCCAGCUUCAAAUCCACGGGAUCGGUGGAAUUGGAGUAUGCCGCCGAGUAUGAGCGCCUCAGGAAAGACUACGAGAUCUUCAGGGUCAGCAAGAACAAUGAGAUCACCUCAAUGCAGAAGAAAGAGGCCAAGCUUGAUGAGGAGAACAAGAGAUUGCGUGCUGAGCUGCAGGCUCUUCAGAAGACGUACCAGAAAAUUCUCAGAGAAAAGGAAAGUGCCCUGGAGGCAAAGUAUCAAGCUAUGGAGAGGGCUGCCACCUUUGAGCAUGACAGAGACAAAGUUAAACGACAGUUUAAGAUAUUCCGGGAGACGAAGGAAAAGGAAAUUCAGGACUUGCUUCGGGCAAAACGAGAUCUGGAGUCAAAACUUCAACAGCUGCAGGCUCAGGGCAUCCAGAUUUACGAACUGGAAGACUCGGAUUCAGAUGACAACCGGACCACCGUCACCACUGCAGGCACUCAGUGUGAGUACUGGAGCGGUGGUGUGUUGGGCAGCGAGCCGUCGAUGGGCAGCAUGAUGCAGUUACAGCAGACACAUCGUGGUCCAGAGUUCGCUCACAGUCUCAUUGAUGUGGAGGGACCGUUUGCAAACGUCAACAGAGAUGAUUGGGAUGCUGCUGUGGCCAGUCUGCUGCAGGUGUCUCCUCACGUGUCUCAGUCUCUGUGGAGUAACACAGUCCGCUGCUACCUCAUAUACACACAGGAGACCAAAGCCGAGUUACAGGCCUUUAUACAGACUCACUCUUUAAAGCUUCAGAGGUUUUGUGAGGGUUUAGGGCACUUCUAUUUGAACGUGUCCUUUCCUGAGGAGAGCUCCAUUCUGUACGCGGCUGAACGCAGGCAGGAGAUCGAGAGGAGCUCUGUGUGUGUUCUGCUUCUCAAGUCUUCAGUUUCUAGUUGUGUCAUAGAGGAUGUGGAGGAAGCCUUUGUGAAAACUCCAGACUCUCGUCCUCUUGUGCUGUAUUUGCGGACUGGAGACAGAAAAGGUGAAAAGGAAGAGGUAUCCAACCUCAGUCAAGCCACCAGAGAACUGCUGGAAAGAGUGAACAAGGCUGACAAAAGUGCCAAACUUAAGGUGGUGGAUCAUGCAGGUUCUGCAGAGGAUGGAGCUGCUCUCAUCUUCUCUCAGUUAGAACAAAUCAUCAAACAGGAGUUGUUGGGGAUGGAGUUUGAGGAGACCGGGGAGGUCGAGGAGAGGGAAGAGGAGGACUCUGGUGAUGUGCUGUGGGACCUUCAUGAUGAACAGGAGCAGAUCGAGGCGUUUCAGCAGGCCUGCGGUGCUGCGGCCAGAUACAGCUUCCAAAAAUAUGUGGAUCGACUCAAUGACAUGGUCGCCGCCCCACCGCCCACUCCACCACUGCUGGUGUCCGGCGCUCCUGGAUCCGGAAAGUCUCUUUUACUCGCUAAAUGGAUAGAGUUACAGCAGAAACACUCUCCCAACACCCUGACUCUCUUUCACUUCACUGGACGUCCUCUCUCCACCAGUGCAGAUCCAGUGCUCAUUAUUAAACGCCUCACAGUGAAGCUUCUCCAGCAUUUCUGGUCUAUCUCUGGUCUCUCGAUGGACCCUUCCAAGAUCCUCGAGGAAUUCCCACGCUGGCUAGAACGUCUGUCUGCACGUCACCAUGGCAACAUCAUAAUCAUCAUUGACUCGAUUGACCAAAUACAGAAUGCCGAGCGUCAUAUGAAGUGGCUGAUUGAUCCACUUCCUGCUAACGUGAGGGUGCUGGUGUCAGUUAAUGUGGAGACCUGCCCACAAGCAUGGAGAUUGUGGCCCACGCUUCAUCUUGACCCACUUAAUCCCAGGGAGGUGAAGAGCGUCAUCAGCACAGAAUGUGUAAAUGCAGACAUCAUACUCACCAAAGACCAGGAAAAGAAGUUGGAGAGACACUGUCGGGCAGCUGCAACCUGCAACGCACUCUAUAUCUCACUGUUGGCCAGACUCAUUACACACUCCAGAUCCUGGACGUUGGAAAGGACUCUACAGCAGUGUGUGUCGUGUCAGGAUACGGUGUCGCUGUAUAGACUGGGGCUGAAGGUGGUACUAGACUCAUUGAGCACAGAUCAGGAGAAACAUGUCUUGAGAGAGUUGAUGUGUUUGUUGUGCGCUAGUCACAACGGUGUGAGCGAAUCUGAGGCUUUGGAGCUAUUCACAGACCUGUGUUUUCCUGCGCUGACCUCAAUGCUUUACAGCCUGCAGAGUUUGCUUAUAAUCACUUAUGCCUGCGGCCUCAUCCGCUUUCAGCAUCCACAGGCCUGUGAAGCGGUCAACCAGGAGUUUCUAAAUGAGGGCCGACACUGUGGAACUUAUAGACAGACACUCAUUCAAUUCUUCAGUCAUCAGCUGGAACAAGACAGAGUCACAUGGCGUGUUGCGGACGAGUUACCAUGGUUACUGGAGCAACAGGAAGACAGGGUUCAACUCCAGAUGAUUCUGCUUAACCUCUUUGUGUCUCAGAACCUCUACAAAAGGGGUCAUUUCUCAGAGCUUCUGGCAUACUGGCAGUUUGUCGGAAAGGACAAGUGUUCCAUGGCCACAGAGUAUUUUGACUCUUUAAAGGAGUUUGAGAAGACUUGUGACAGCGAGCAGAGCAUGAGUCAACUGGCCAACCUCUACGAAACACUGGGCUGCUUCCUGAAAGAUCUGGGAUUACUCAGCCAGGCGGUGGCCCCCUUGCAGCGUUCCUUAGAGAUUUGCGAGACGGCGCUAGACCCGGACCACCCGAGCGUGGCUCAGUCACUGCACCAGCUGGCGGGUGUCUACGUUCAUUGGAGGAAAUUUGGAAACGCAGAGCAGUUGUACAAACAAGCGUUGGAGAUCUGUGAGAAUGCCUAUGGACCCGAACACAGCACUGUGGCUAGAGAACUAGAUUCACUCUCACUCCUCUACCAGAAACAAAACAAGUAUGAGCAGGCUGAGCGGUUAAGAAAGAGAUCCGUCAAAAUCAGACAGAAAACGGCACGCCAGAAGGGCCACAUGUAUGGUUUUGCUCUUUUGAAACGGCGAGCGCUGCAGUUAGAGGAACUGACGCUUGGUAAAGACUCUGCAGAUUGUGCCAAGACUCUAAAUGAGCUCGGAGUUCUUUAUUACCUGCAAAACAACCUCGAUGCCGCAAAGGUGUUCAUGACACGGUCGCUGGAAAUGCGUCAACGCGUGCUGGGAGCUGAUCACCCCGACUGCGCCCAGUCAUUGAACAACCUGGCCUCGCUGCACAGCGAGCGAAAAGAGUACGAGACUGCAGAGGAACUGUAUGAAAAAGCCCUCGACAUCCGCAAAAGAGCCCUCGCGCCUGACCAUCCCUCUCUCGCCUAUACCCUCAAACACUUGGCCAUGCUUUACAAGCGCAGAGGGAAGCUGGAAAAAGCAGUUCCUCUAUAUGAGUUAGCUCUCGACAUCAGAGAAAAGAGCUUUGGGCCCAAGCACCCUAGUGUGGCCACAGCUUUGGUUAACCUAGCUGUGCUCUACUGCCAAUUGAAGCAACACAGUGAUGCUCUGCCUCUGUAUGAGCGGGCGCUCAAGGUGUACGAGGACAGUCUCGGCCGACUGCACCCUCGGGUCGGAGAGACUCUCAAAAACCUGGCAGUGCUCAGUUAUGAAGAGGGAGACUUCGAGAAGGCUGCGGAAUUGUACAAGCGAGCCAUGGAGAUAAAGGAGGCGGAGCCAUCCUUGGUUUGCGGUAAAGCCCCCUCACGUCACUCAUCCAGUGGUGACACGUUUAGCUUACGAAGCCCCGCCCUGCCUCAAACCUCAAGGUGACACCUGUCCUUUCAAACAUAACUAAGGCUAUACAUUUGAAGAAAAGGACUACUCAAGGUUCAAACAUGCAUCAUUAAAGACAUCUGGAUCUGGAGUUCAGUCUUCAUUCCUACUGUAAUUUACAGUAUAAAUCAAUAGUGUUUGUAACUACUGUGCAUUAAUAUGCAUUUAUAAAGUGUUCUGUAACACAGCACCUCAUAGCAAUGGUGUCAAACCAUACUGCAGAGUUUGGCUUCAGCCCUUAUCAAACACACCUAAACAAGUUGAACGAGGUCUUCAGAAAACAUAUAGGGGCAUUUUCCUGGACAGGGAUUAUUUUAAACCAGGACUAGGCCUUUAAGUCGUUUUUAAAAACAUACGUUACAAAAAAACAUUACUGGUGGGCAUCUCGAGACAGAACAAUCCCACUGAUAUAUUUUAAGAUAUGUCAGUGCAAGUUGUUUUCGAUUAAAGAGUACAUAACAUGAGAUCAUGAAAAUGACAUUUCAUGCAUUGGGUAAUGUUGCCGUGUUUGAAAGUAAGCAAUCUACCAAGUUGUAAAUCCGAAGGUGAAUGAAUAACAAAGUUAUUGGCUUGGAAAAAAGGGAGUCGACUCUGAAUCACGCAAAUGAGUCGUCCCUAGUCCAAUUCGUGAAACGGCGAAGAUUUACGUCACUACAUAUAGUCCCCGCCUACGUUUUGCUAGGACUGCCCGUGAAAACUUCACUCUCCUCCCCCAAACACUGUAGCUUGUGAGCCACAUUCACGGUAGACCAAUCACAGCAGACUAGACCAUCUGACCAAUCGCAUCAGACUAGGCUAGCAGAAAGGAGGGGAUUAGACAGAUUCAUCGCGGAACGAAUCAUUUGAGAGUCAGUCAAGAAGUAUGGUAAGAAUAACUGCCUAUUAUUACGAAAUAAUAGUGUUUUUACACCUUCUAUGUACAUAAACUUGUUGUUGGACAGUCCAUAAACCAAAGUAGGACCUUAAAAAUCCCUAGUUGUGUACUCUUUAAAACACCUCUAACAUUUAAAUCGGUCUGGGACUAGGUUUAAGCCCUGUCCGGGAAACUGCCCCAUAGGGCAAUAAGGGUUCAAACUAAACAUUUCAGGAUGGUGGCCAUUCAGAAUGAGUUAUAUCAGUAUAUAGUAUAUCAGCAUGCCAUUAUCAUUUUUAGUGUACUCCUGUUAAACUGUGUGAUGUUUUAUUGAAUAUCUAUACAAUGCAAAAAUGUUGUUUUAAAACUUGCAUUUUCUUGCAUGUUUCUUUAAUAUACAAUGUAUGAGUGUAAUAUUUUAUAAAUAUUAAAUGUAUCACUUAGGUAUUAAUUAUUCAAAUAUUAGUUGAAGUAUAUUUAUCAUUUCAUACAGUGUCAGUAUUAGCUUUUAAUUGUAUUCUUCCUCGGCAGUUUUUUACAAUACUGUGCAAAUAUAGGGAUCAAAUAUGGUCUUGGAAACCAUGUCAGAUGCUAAAGGUCAGAUGUGUGACCAGUUGCAGCAAGCUUUCUCUGUCACCGCCACAUUCAGUGAUCAGUCCGAGUAGUAGCUCAGAAUCAUGCCAAAAUCAAUGUAAACAAUGGAUGUUUAUCAUUUCAGAAAUGCCAUAAUAUAUGAUUGCCAUUGUGACUGACAGGUGAACGUGUACCAUGUGUACCAUUCACCUGCUUUUGUAGAUACUGUCAAAUAUGUGAUGUAGAAUAGCAAUGCAGACUUCCCGUGGCCUAUGACCUUCCUUCUGCUAUGGAAACUGUUGCAUCACUUUGCAACAUGCAGCAUGCAACACUUUGUUUCAGAAUGUUUUUUUAAUGAAUGUGCAAUAAUUGUUCUUUCUGUAAUGCACAGACGGGGUAUUAUCUCAUUUUAAGCAAUAAUUGGUCAUUAAAAAGUGCAUAUCUAACACCCUGUCUACACCAGACUCUACGUGACAAAAGACAACAGAACCUAUUAGAACCAUUUAUCAUUUUUGUCCACACUGGAUGUGGCGCUGCUCGCGUCUGGUGAAGACAGGGUGACACAAACCUGUGCCGAUAUUUCGGUCAAUGUUUGCAUAUCUGUGCAGCUUGUAUUAAUAUAACAUUGUAUAAACCAUAUACCAUUGCUGUCAGGCAGACCUCUUGUAUUUCCAAAACCCAAACUUUUAAACACUAUUUUGAAGUUGACAAGAUCUUUCUUCCAGAUAAACUUGGAGGGUGACCAAUAUUAAUGAUUUAUAGGGGGAAAACAUGAAAUUUGGAGAUACAAGGUUUCAAACACUCAAACAGUGACUAUAUUUAUGUUUAGUUGUUUAGAGUAUACAGGAUUUUUUUGUCUUAAUAGUUAAAUAUCAUUAAUGUGAUUAUAUCAUCAGUCAGUUUACAUUGAAGGAUGCAUGAUAAAUUAAUAUUAUGAAACUACUUAUGUGAAUGCAACACAGGGGAAAUGCCAAGUUCUCUUGUUUCUGAAUGUGUAAGCAGAUAUUUGAUUUGAAAGUUGCAUUGCAUAUCCGUCCACUAAUGUGCCUCAUUUUACAUCAAAAUUAUCUUUGUGCUGUUGGUUUAAGGGACAACAGUGUGAUUAAUGAUUUUGGAUGCAUUUACUUUAAUCAUGGUUUGUUACAUUAAAUUUUUUCCUUUUACCAUUGA